AGCGUCGCGAUAACUGUUCCUUGCGGCGCGGAGUUGGAGUGUGCGGCGGUCUGCUCGCGCAAGGUGCUACACGGGGAUUGCCGGAGAGGAUACGGUUCCUAAUCGGAUUUGUACGGCGCAAGAGGUGCAGCGACGACCCCGUACCGAAAUUACCCCCUUUUUUUCUGCCAGUGGACAGCAGGCAACUAAAGCAAGAUGCCGAAACCGGUGAACGUGCGGGUGACCACAAUGGACGCGGAACUAGAGUUCGCGAUCCAGGCGAGCACCACUGGGAAGCAGCUCUUUGAUCAGGUUGUCAAGACAAUAGGCCUUAGAGAGAUCUGGUUUUUUGGCCUCCAGUACACAGACAACAAGGGCUACAUCACAUGGCUCAAGCUGAACAAAAAGGUGCUCAGUCAAGACGUGAAGAAGGAAAACCCCUUGCUCUUUAAAUUCCGUGCCAAAUUCUACCCUGAAGACGUUGCAGAGGAACUUAUCCAAGAAAUCACUCAGCGCCUCUUCUACUUGCAAGUCAAGAGCGUCAUCCUGACCGACGAGAUCUACUGCCCACCAGAAACGUCAGUCCUCUUGGCCUCCUAUGCAGUGCAGGCUAAAUAUGGAAACUACUGCCCAGACAUCCACAAGCCAGGCUGUCUAGCCAACGACAGGCUGUUGCCUCAGAGGGUCAUGGAUCAGCACAAGUUGACCAAGGAACAGUGGGACGAGAGGAUAACGAACUGGUGGGCAGAGCACAAGGAACUUCACAGGGAUGAUGCUAUGAUGGAAUACCUAAAGAUUGCCCAGGACUUGGAAAUGUAUGGCGUCAACUACUUCGAGAUCAAGAACAAAAAGGGCACUGACCUCUGGCUUGGUGUCGAUGCCCUUGGCCUCAACAUCUACGAGAAGGACGACAAGCUGACACCCAAGAUUGGCUUCCCUUGGAGCGAAAUCAGAAACAUCUCUUUCAACGACAGGAAGUUUGUCAUCAAGCCCAUCGACAAGAAGGCUCCCGACUUUGUGUUCUUUGCCCCCCGGCUGCGAAUCAACAAGCGUAUUCUGGCAUUGUGCAUGGGCAACCACGAACUCUACAUGAGGCGCCGAAAGCCUGACACCAUUGAGGUGCAACAGAUGAAGGCACAGGCUCAAGAGGAGAAACUGGCCCGCAAGCAGGAAAGGGAGAAGCUUCGCAAGGAGACGGAGGCCCGCGAGAUGGCCGAGAAGAAGCAGCAGGAGUACGCCGAGCGACUGCGCCAGAUGCAGGCCGAGAUGGAGCAGCGGCAGCAGGAGCUGACCACGGCGCGGGACACCAUUGUGCGACUCGAGGAGCAGCUGCGGCAGGUACAGGCCGCCAAGGAGGAGUUUGAGCGGAAGCAGCGCGAGCUGGAGGACAUGAUGCGCAAGCUGGAGAACGACAAGCUGAUGGAGACCGAGGAGAAGUCGCGCCUCGAGGAGGCCAUCCGCGAGAAGCAGAUCGAGGUGCAGCGCAUGCAGGAGGAGGUCAACACCAAGGACGAGGAGACUCGCAGGCUCCAGGAAGAAGUGGAGGAGGCCCGCCGGCGGCAGCAGGAAGCUGCUGAGGCGCUGGUGCAGGCGUCGAGCACACCCCAGCACCACCACGUGGCUGAGGCCGAGGAUGAGGGCGAGAACGACGAGGAGCUUGCCAACGGGGAACUGGGUAAGCGGGGAAGCUGCAGCAGCGAGGAGGAGCCCGCCUUGCCACUCACCGCCAACGGUGCCGAGUUUACGAACCACGAAAACGAAGAUGUUCCACGACCUGAAGAGGAGCGCUCCACGGAAGUCUCUAAAAAGAAGGCACUUGGGGACCAGCUUGAGAUGCUGAGCAAGGAGCUGUCGGCCAUGAAGGACGAUGCCAAGCUGACUCGCAACGACAUCCUGCACCAAGAGAACGUCCGACAGGGGCGUGACAAGUACAAGACGCUCCGCGAGAUCCGCAAGGGCAACACGAAGCGCCGCGUAGACCAGUUUGAGAACAUGUAGACACACACCUUUCUUCUACGCACCCUCCUCAGUCCCCACGCCCCUCCCCCCUACAGUCUUCCAUACAUACCCCUCCUCCUCCUGUGCGCUUCCCCCAUUCCGCCCCUCCUUCUCGACACACUCGUUCCUUCCUCCAUUACCCCAGACGUCGUCCCCGUCAUCCCUUAUUUUUAUUCUUUGUGUGCACAGCAUGCAGAAAUCGCGAGGAAAUGUUUUGUCAUCGUCGUUACGGACACAUUUUCCCCCCCCUGUUCGUUGAGUGCGUCAUCGCCGCUACGUCAACUUGCUUUUCCUUACCUGGCGUGCUUAGUUUAUAGACUGUGAAGCAAGCAUUCCAGGCUUGAGGAGCGUUGCUAUCUUGCGUGGGAGGGGGGCCUGUUGGUGUUGAGGGGUGCGGAGGGGGGAGGGGGGUUGGGGCGCUGUUGAUGUCGAGGGAUGAAGGCAGAUACAUGCUUAGCAGUGCCGUUGUUGCUAGUGCGGUAGGGUUGGGAGAUGCGUGGCGCGUUGAGGCUGUUAUACCUGAGGGCUCCAAGAGCCCUCACCGAGUUCGUUUUUUUUUUACAUAAGGCAGGGUCAUGGUCGGUGCCUACAAAGAUCUUGUUAGCAGCGUGCACCACAAUCGUUUUUUACAGUCUGGUUCGCGCUAACUUUUGUACGGUCACUAGCCGAAUGGUGGCUCCCUCUGCCUUUUUCCCUCCCAGUGUAGGAUUGUUAACAUGUUUGUGUCUGUCUUUUGCUACAUGCUUUGUACACAGACCUUCUUACUGUGCUUUUCGAAGAUCUUUAUUAGAACUACUACUCGCGUUAUGGAGGUAGCACAACUUUUUUUUUCCUAUGACAGUAAUCGGUGCCCCGUAAGAAUUGUGCCUUCAGAGGAGUUUUCGGAAAGCAGGCUAGGCAAUCAAGGUGCUUUAUCGCUCAACAUUUGGCAUACUCCUUACAUGUUGCGACAUUUUUUUCAAGGAAGAGGGCGUGUUGAUGCUGUUGCCACUUCUUUUCUCCUCUCCAGACCUGCCCGUUCUUCUCAACGAAGUAUUGUUUACUUAGACUGUUGUGGCAUUACUUUGUUUUGUGCUGUUUAUGAACCUUUUUUUCUUUCUCUAAUGUGCAUAACCUCUGGAGAGACAAUAUCCUAGUGAAACGUGAACUGGUUGGAGGAACUGUUCAUAAAUUAAAACUAUUUUUUUUUCUGAGCCAAAACAAAUAAAUGAAGUCCAGUUUUAUAAA